UGUUCGCUUCAAGCUUGUAACGAUGAAGAUGAUGGCAACGAAGCAGUCCGGCGGCUCGUUCGCAUCGGGCGGUCGCGCACAAAGGUGGCGACCACUGGUUUCUCCGCUCGAUUGAGGUGUAAAAAAAAAAGAAAAAGAAAAAAAAUGUGCCCGGUGCCUCCCUGGGGAGCCGGUGCGUGGCCGCCCGGUGGAAGCGCCAUCAAUUAGGGAGCGGGAAGUUCACCUCCAGCGACCCCCCCCAAAAAAGCCACCUGCCAUUGCACGACGCAUCUUUAAAGCCCUUCACGGCGUGAUGCUGCGAGACGACGACGACUCAUGAUGGAGGAGGCUGCCAGCCGGCUGGAGCGAGACCAUGUGCACAGUGUCUACGACAAGAUCGCCCCCUACUUCAACGACAGCCGCUACAAGGCCUGGCCCAAGGUCCGACAGUUCCUGCUGGACCAGCCGCCGGGUAGCAUCGUCGCCGACAUAGGCUGCGGUAAUGGCAAGUACCUCGACAUCAACAAGGAGGUGUUCAAGCUGGGCUGCGAUGUCUGUCGCCCCCUGGUGGACAUCGCCUGGAGUCGAGGGCACGAGGUCCAGAUGUGCGACGGGCUCCACUUGCCUUACAGAGACGGCUGCUUCGACGCGGUGCUCUCCAUUGCAGUAAUCCACCAUUUGUCCACCAAAGAACGUCGUAUCCGAGCAAUAAAAGAGAUGGCUCGCACGCUCCGAGCGGGGGGACGCAUCAUGAUCUACGUGUGGGCCAUGGAGCAGAAGCGUCGCAAAUUUGAGAAGCAGGACAUCUUUGUUCCGUGGAACCCCAAUCCUCUUUCGCCCUCCGCUUUCAAACCCAGACGGAGGGCAGCGGCACAGAGCGUGAGCGAGCCCAUAGACGGCGGAGACAAGCACAGGAAGGUCAGAAGCACAUCCUCGGUGGCCGACGAGGAGCUCGCUGGCGCCACGCCUGCGCAGAGCACGCACAGACUCUGGUUCUUCUCCCGUUCCCUGGACUCUGUGUUCGACUUCGGAAGCUUGUCCAUCUCCCGUUCUUCCUCCAGAGAGCUCAGCACUUUAUCGCCCACGAGUGUGGAGAACGAGGGCUUCACGGCGGGGCUGCGGGGGCGAGGACGAGGCCUCAUCAAGCAGUUCUCCAGCUUCUUCUCUCCUCCGUCCGUCGUCGGUUCCGAGGAGGACGUCUUCGACUCGGGCACAGAUCUGCACAAGGAGCCCAAAAGUCCCAUCGUGAAGGAGAAGCGCAGCGUCUCUUUGGCGCAGGAGUGCGGCUCUCUGGCGCUGCCCGAUCUCGUCCCUUUCCAGAGGGAGCACCUGAGAGAGGCUGACGAGGGAGGGAAUGAGGAGCAGCAGGAAAGCACACCGAGUCCUCAGGUGGACGGCUCCUGCCUAAGGUACUAUCACGUCUUCAGGGAGGGCGAGCUGGCCGAGCUGAUCAAGAAUCACGUGGAGGAACUCCACGUCCACCACACCUACUUCGAUCACGCCAACUGGUGCGUGGUGGCUGAGAAAGUAGAGCCGUGGAUAAUCUGAUUCUUCUUGGAUUGUGUUCGUUCUAUUGGCCUGCCUCUGAGUUUUAGCACAGUUUUUACUUCACUGGUUGGUGUAUGAUUCCUGAAAUCACCACCGUGGAGGUUUUAAGUCUUAAAAAUUACUCCGUGGCUGCAACGCACGACUGUUCACUUUUUUAAAUUGUCUUUGGCAUCUUACUUUGUGUGGACGGUGUGCAGCAGAUUGUGGCGUGUUUAAAGUGUUCAUUCCGGUAGAGUACGACAACACUGUCUGGUAGCAAUCCACAGUAGUGUGCGUCACGGUAGUGUUUUUUUUUUAAUAUCCUGCAAGAGAAUCAACAUCCUCUUUGGACUUUAAUAAGCCAAAGUUUGGAACACCUUAAUGCUUUGUUUUUAAACUUUUUAUUUUUGUCGUUUUAUCGUGAAGUCUGUGUGGUUUACAGCUGCAUGUACGAGGAGAUAUGGUUCUCUCCAAUAAACGCUCAAUGUCGCCGUCUUGUGUACUCGCGUGUGGUAUGUGUAGAAGUAGAACAUAGCGGUGGACUGCCUCAUAUACUGUGAAUAAACAUUGCACUGUACCACAAGUAUGUCGCUGCUUGACGCCAACUAUUAAUAGACUUUGAAAAACUUGAAACAUCGAGCCAAGGAGGUGUUUUCUUUGUUUGUGUGACAAUCCUGUAAAUGGGUGUUUUUUUCAUUUUAUUAAACGUUUUUGUUCAUGACA